CGAUGCAUCCACAAACCGUAGUACACCGCCAAGGCAUGCCAAUGCUCAAAUCGUAGGCAUGACAACAACAGCGGGACAGAUGCGACCGCUCGCUAUCGCGCCCGCUACUAAUGGCACGUCUCAGUCGCAGGACACCGCGGCGCCUACCCCAUGCAUGCCAUAUACCUGCACUACAUGUGCGCGCCGUAAAGUGAAAUGCGAUAAACAAGGUCCGCCGUGCUCAACGUGCCAGAAAGGGCGUUUGGAGUGCCAUUAUGAGGCCCCACCACCACGAAAGCGUAAGCGUAAGGCUGCUGACGAUCUUCAUGAGAAGCUGGAGCACUACGAGGACGUUCUGAAGCAGCAUGGUCUUCUGCAGGCGUCAAAUUCGUCGUCUCCAGCGGACGACGAUACUCACCGCGAAGUGGUGCAAACGAGUCUGCCCAGAUUGCCACAGUCGGUUCCAACCGGCGGAAAGCAUCUCAGCAGAAAUGGCACAUUCCUAUCUGGGAAAGGCAAAUCACGGUAUAUCGACUCUCUGAUAUGGAACUCGUUGCCCGAGGAAGACAUGAAUGCUUCUGAUGAGGAAGAUGCAGCCGACGGCGAUGUCCACCCUUCACUGAUCUACCGCAACCGGCUAUCGUUGGACCCUUUAUCAGCUACUGUCCUGGGCGUUGGACAACCAGGCCAAAGCUUGCUUGAAUUGCACCCAACGUACGACCAGGCAAUGAAGAUGUGGCGAUGCUACCUGACGCACGUUGAACCGCUGAUCAAAAUCUUCCAUGCACCCACGGCACUUGCUGUUGUUCAACGCGCUGCCUCCAAUCCAAGCAGCGCAUCAAAAGCCGUGGAGUGCCUGCUUUUUGCUGUCUACCACUUUGCUGUUACGGCAAUGUCCGACGAGGAAUGCGAGAAGUGGCUCGAGCAAUCCAGGCAGCAACUACAGGCUCGAUAUUAUGCCGCCGUCACACAGGCUUUGGUGAACGCCGCAUUCCUGCGCACCUCGGACAUCAGCGUCCUGCAAUCUUACGUCCUCUUUCUGCUCUCGGUCCGGCCACGCUACGAUCCACAAACGUUCUGGGUGCUCACCGGCGUUGCCACGCGGAUCGCUUUCCGGAUUGGCUUGCACCGCGAUCCGGAAACCCUCGGCGUUGGUCCUUUUGACGUCCAGAUGCGCCGUCGCUUGUUCUGGCAGAUCCUGCCGUUAGAUGGUAUGUCCGGACAGAUUAGCGGCACCGGCAUGUCAAUCGGCAGAGAUCAAUGGGAUACCAAGCAGCCAAUCAACAUUAACGAUGAGGACAUCUGGCCUGAUAUGACUGAGCCGCCUGUCCCACGGAAAGGUGCAACGGAGAUGAUGUUCUGCCUCAUGCGAGCUGAGGUGGGAAUGACGCAUCAGAAAGCGGCGCCACUUGUAGGCGCAUACGCUGCGAUGUGGGACGCAGGGACGUCGGAAGCCAACGAUGCCAUUGACAAUUUGGUCAACGAAUUGGAGGUCACCCUUGAGGAGAAGUAUUUGCGCUACUGCGACCCUUUUGACUCUUUCCACCUCCUCGCAAUGUCAAUGGGAAGGGGCGGCCUGUCACUGAUGCGCCUUCGACUUAAGCUACCUCGCGUCAAGCUGCAUCCAAAUAUCAGCGACGACGAGCGGAAGGAGAUAUGGAGGCUGGCGAACCGCAUCACCGAUUUCGUGCAAAGCGUGCUUACGAACGCAUUGCUUAAGAAGUAUUCGUGGCAUUUGCAAGCGAUGCUGCAGUAUGACGCCAUGAUCUGGAUGCUGAACGAGAUCAGGCGUGGCUCGUUCGUAGUGACGGAUCCACAGGAGGUGUGGUUGAAGCUCGAGCGGAUUUAUGAGUGCUACCCGGCGUUCAUGGGCCAGCGACGAGCCAUACAUAUUGCGUUCUCGAAAUUGACUCUUAAGGCUUGGGAACAGCAACCUGCGGAAUGGCGCCGGCUGUUUGACAAGGAGCCAGUCUUCUUCGAGAAGCUGCGCUUGUCGAUUAAGAAUCGAAGGGAUAAGAAGGCUGAACUCAAAGCUCAGGCACCGAACGCGAACCAUCCGUGGGAAGCUCAGGAAAACCCACUACCUUCGCCGAAGCCGGACGACCCUGCUACCACGACUUCGAACAGCAGCGGGUUUGGCAUAGACUUGGCUGAUGAUUUCAAUCCAGAUACGAUAGACUGGGGCUUCUGGGACCAGUUGUUGCGAGAUACAGACAGCUUCCCCAUGCCACAAUAAUCCCGAACCGUGGCGGCAGUACUAUUUAGAGCAGAAGAUACCCAAUCUCCAAAGUUUCCUAAUAUAUUUUGAUCCAAGUGUUGCUGCCGCCAUUAUCAGAUUGCUCUAUCUCCGCCAUCUCUCCAGCUUCUCGCUUGGAUAUAGUGCGCUGUAGUUGAUGAGCUUACCGGCCAGUGUGAGAAGGGACUGUGUGGCGGGAAACCCAAUCAAGCCAACUGCUCGUCUAUGCGCGGGACAUGCAGCUGCUUGGCUUCGUCUUCCCAACACCACUGUCAACGGAUGGUUGGAUGGUGGUCGAUGGAGCUAGAUCAAGAAAGACAGCGCUCAUGAG